AUGAAACCUAACAAUUCUUAUACGAUAACAUUUCCUAUUUGGUAAUGUGAAUAAUGGUCUGCUUUAAAAGGUAGAUUGAAAUUAACAGAUGAGAAUGUAGUUAUAGCUAGAUGGAAUGAAGCUAAAUAUUUGGAUGAAGAAUUAGCAAUUUUGGGAUCAUAUGAUAGAAUUAAACCUAAUGCUGAAACAAAGUUAUUAAAACCUUAAAUAUGUUUAUUGCCCUCUAUAUUGUAAAUAGUAAAAACAAAUACUUAUACAGAUAUUAUAUUAGAGAAUGUUUCUUAGUGGUAAUUGAUUAAUGGAGAUUUGUCUAAACUUUUAUUAAUAUAUUUUGGAUAUGAUUUAUAUUAAGGUUAUCAACCUAGAGAUUGUACAAUUGAAAAUAUAAUGAAGAAUGGUGAUUCUAUAGUAAUUUUAGAUUUCGGUUUAAAAAAAAGACUAGAAAAUUAUUGUGUCUAUUGGAAUCCAUUGAUAUUAAAAGGAAAACCUUGUAGAUCAUCUUAUUAAUGGUCUCUUGGUAUUUUAUAUUUGGUAAUGACUUAAGGAGUAUCAAUUUUAAAUGAAGUAUAAAAAAUAAUAGCAGAAUGGUUAUAAGGAGGUCGUUUAGAUAUAGGAUCUCUAAUUACAAAUAAGAAACCAACAAUAUAGAAUUUGAUUACUUCACUUCUGAAUCCAGAAAAUCCUAUUUAAUGGAAUUAAAUUCCAUUUCAUUUAGCUUUCAGAGAAGAUAAUGCAUGUAAAUAGAUAUUAAAAGAUUAUCGAAUAAAAUUUAAUAGAAAUGAAGUUAAAUGUAGAUCUUCAUCUAGGAUGAGUAGUAGAGAUGAUUCUAACUCUCUUAUUAAUUUUAUAUAAUAACAGAAUUGUAAUAAGACAUAAAAAGUACCCGAAUAAAAUCUAUUAAAUUAAUCUUUAACUACUAAAAUCAUUAAUAUGUAAAGAAUGCAGCAAGAGAAUGUUAAAAAUGUUUUAGGAAAUAGAUAUUCAUCAGUCUAAAAUAGAUAAAAGUCAUCAUCUAAUUAAAGUCGUUCAAUAAUUUAGACAUAUUGUACUAAUAAAUUUAAUAACUUCUUUUCAUCUUCAAAAUUAAUUCCAAAAUCUCAUAUUAAAUCUUAAAAUAUUGGAGUGAAAAGUUAUAGAAAUUAAACAUAAAAUACUUCGAUUUACACUGGUUAGGAUUCUUCAAGAAAAAUAAUAGAUAAUAGUUCAGAUUUAUAUUAUCAUUCAUCUUAAUAAUAAAAAUCUCAAUGUUAAACUAAAAAUGAAUUAUUUUAUGAUAAAAUCAGAUCUAGAAUCUCUUCUGUAUAAGGUAAUAUUGUAAAAAUAUAAACUAAAUAAAGAUUUGCAUCCUUAUAAAAAUCAGAUUAAACUAAAUAAUAACAAGUUAUUUAGAGUAAAGAUUCCAAAAGUCAGGAUGAAUUAUAGAAAUUACAUAAGUAAUCAGAAAAUGCUAUCGAAUAAUACAAAGUUGUUUAUAGUUCUGAUUUAGAAGAUAAUUAAAAAUAACGAAAUAAUUUAGAUGAUAGUAGAGUUAGUAAUGGUGAAAAUUACAUAUAAUUAAUAAAAAGAUCAAGUUAAUAAUUAACUCUAUUUUCUUAGAAAUAUAAUCGAUCUUUAGAUGCACUAAAUAUUAUUGGAUAAACUGUUGCUAAAUGUCUCACUUUUUUUAAUGGUUUAUAAAAUUUUUGGGUUAUUCCUUUAUUUUUAGUUUUUAAAAGGAUGUUACAAUUGAGAAAAGAAAUAGAAAUCCUAUUAGAAUCAAAAAUAAACUCAUUUAAUUUAUGCGAUUGGGAUCAUAUUACAUCAUGUUUUGAAUUUCAAGAUUAUUGUAACAAAGUAAAAUAAGAUAAUGAAUUAGUUUAAAAUGAAUUAACAUUGUUGCUUAAUACAGCUAAGGCUAAAGCAGAUAAAUUAGAUAAAAAUAGAAAAGAUAAAGUUGAAUGGUUCUUAAAUGAUUUUAUUGAUGAUGAUAUUAAAGAUAUAUGUUAUACUUAUUUUCAUGGCUAAAUCUAUUAGAAUAUUAAAGAUAAAAAAGGAUUAUCUAAAUCAACUCUUGAAUGGUUAAGACUUCAAAUAUAAGCUUAAGCUUCAUUAAUUAUAUUUGAUUUACCUACUUUAAUGUGUGAUAAAGAUUGUUUCACUUAUGAAGCUUACUUAUAAGCUUUAGAAUUCACAGAUGAAAAUUUAAUUUUAUAAUACUUAAAAAGAAAUGAGUAAUAUCUCGAACAUAAAUGA